GCGUAAAAUCCAACACAAGAUUGAAGAAACAAAUCAAAAGCGAAGCCAAUCUGAGCUUGGCCCUGACAAUCCAUCGAGGCUUUAAUUCGCACAAAAACCAAGAGCGAGCUGUUGGAGUCAUCAUGAUAUCGCAGUUGUUCGUGCUGUCGCAGCGUGGAGACAACAUCGUCUUCCGCGACUAUCGUGGUGAAGUGCAAAAGGGGAGCGCGGAAAUAUUUUUCCGUAAAGUGAAGUUUUGGAAAGAGGAUGGGCAAGAGGAGGCACCACCUGUCUUUAACGUGGAUGGUGUAAACUACUUUCAUGUGAAGGUUGUUGGGUUAUUGUUCGUAGCAACCACAAGAGUUAAUAUCGCACCUUCUCUUGUCUUGGAGCUUUUACAAAGGAUUGCCCGUGUCAUUAAAGACUACCUUGGGAUUCUUAAUGAAGAUUCAUUGCGGAAAAAUUUUGUGCUUGUGUAUGAGCUGCUUGACGAAGUCAUUGAUUUUGGUUAUGUACAAACAACAUCCACUGAAAUGUUGAAGUCUUAUGUUUUUAAUGAGCCAAUUGUGGUUGAUGCUGCACGUUUGCAAUCUCUUGGUCCUGCGGCCAUUUUCAUGCAAGGGCCGAAAAGAAUGCCAGGAACAGCUGUCACAAAAUCUGUUGUAGCAACUGAGCCCGGGGGUAGGAGGAGGGAGGAAAUUUUUGUCGAUAUAAUUGAGAAAAUCAGCAUCACCUUUAGCUCGAGUGGGUAUAUACUGACUUCUGAGAUAGACGGUACCAUUCAAAUGAAGAGCUAUCUCACUGGCAAUCCAGAAAUUCGCUUAGCUUUUAAUGAUGACUUGAGCAUUGGAAGAGGCGGGGGAUCAGGCUAUGAUUACAGGAGUUCAUCUGGGUCUGGAGCAGUGAUAUUGGAUGAUUGUAAUUUCCAUCAAUCUGUACGUCUAGAUAGUUUUGACAUGGACAAAACUUUAAGCCUGAUACCGCCAGAUGGUGAAUUUACCGUCAUGAACUACCGGUUGACUCAAGAGUUCAAGCCUCCUUUUCGUAUUAACCCUUUGAUCGAAGAAGCAGGAGCCCUUAAGGCUGAAGUGAUUAUUAAAGUACGUGCUGAUUUCUCCUCAAGCAUUACUGCAAACACAAUUAUGGUUAUGAUGCCGCUACCAAAAUAUACUACCAGAGCUAGUUUUGAGUUGGAACCUGGAGCACUUGGACAAACAACGGAUUUCAAGGAAGCAAAUAAGAGACUUGAAUGGGGUUUAAAGAAGAUUGUUGGUGGAUCUGAACAUACUCUGCGUGCAAAGCUGACAUUUUCUCCGGAAUCACAUGGAAACAUCACAAAAGAAUCUGGACCAGUUAGCAUGACUUUCACGAUACCAAUGUAUAAUGCUUCAAAGCUUCAGGUGAAAUACUUGCAGAUAGCAAAGAAAUCUGGAACUUAUAAUCCCUAUAGGUGGGUGAGAUAUGUUACUCAGGCCAAUUCAUACGUUGCUCGUAUAUGAUGCUGUUAAAGCUUCCCCCUACACUUGGUUUUCUUUCUUUCCUUUUCUGGCUAUACAUUUACUAGCUUAUCAUUCUAGUUGAAAUAUGUAUCGAAUUUGCAUUGGUUAUUUUCAUUUGGUCCUUCUGCCAGUUGCUUUUAUCUAAAAUGGACUCCUGUCUCUACAGGUAGCUGUGUUGGUUAAACAGAUAGUGUCCUUUAAAGAACCCUUUUUGAUAUGAGUAAAAGGGGUUUGGUUCAAAAUUUCAAAUUA